AUGAACGAUGGCUUACGUACGGACAUUUUCCUGAGGUAUCGGCCGGAAACGAUCGCCUGCUCUUGUAUACAUCUCGCUGCAAGAACUAUACGAGAGCCAGUACCACUCCCACGAGAGCCAUUCCCAUGGUUCGAGGCUUUUGGCGCGAGUGACAGGGAUGUACAGGCGAUCUCUCUUCUUCUUCUGCGUGUUUAUGCCAGAACACGGCCGCCUAACUGGGUGCGUUUGAACGAUACAGUAAAGAAGCUACGUGCUACCUUAAACACUGUGAUAACAAAAGCGCAGCAGGCAGAAGCCGUUGCUAAUAAAGAGGUGGAGCGGGCAAAAGCUAUCUUGGACAAGAAACGUCGUGAAAUUGCCAAGAAAACGGGUGAGACUGAACAGCGACAGAAUGGUGAGGCAAAGAAUAAAUUAAAGGAAGAUCGAUGUCCAGUGAAAAACACGAAGGAUAAGUUGAAGGAAGGUUGGUACUUAUUGGAUGAUUUCAUAAUUUUACUCAUUUGA